UCAUUUGCAUGCAUUCAUGUAACUCAUUAUGCUAAUGCAUAGCAUAUUGGGUCAUAACAAAAACAGUAAUAUGAAUACUCCAUCACAUGUAAAUUAAAAAGUAAAAAGUUUAUGAGCAGGCGAUAAUUCUGGGCAGCCCUACUGGACUGGGGCCCUGCCGGCCAUCUUUGUUGAGGCAUCUGAUGCUGGAUGAUGUGUCAAGCGGCUUACGAGGACCCUUCACUUCCUGCUGCAUCCAAUUGAUUGAUUUCGAAAAUGAUCCACAGCCUCUUUCUGAUCAAUGGUUCUAGUGACAUUUUCUUAGAGAAGCAUUGGAAAAGUGUUGUGAGCCGUUCUGUCUGUGACUACUUCUUUGAAGCACAGGAGAAAGCAGCAGAUAUUGAGAAUGUGCCGCCAGUUAUCCCAACCCCACACCACUAUCUUAUCAGCAUUUACAGAGAAAAAAUAUUCUUUGUGGCAGUAAUUCAAAGUGAAGUGACACCCCUUUUCGUCAUUGAAUUUUUGCACCGUGUCGCUGACACAUUUCAGGAUUACUUUGGAGAAUGCUCUGAAACAUGUCUGAAGGACAAUGUGGUCAUUGUGUAUGAGCUACUGGAAGAGAUGCUGGAUAAUGGAUUUCCUCUGGCUACAGAGUCUAACAUUCUGAAGGAACUGAUCAAGCCUCCUACAAUCCUGAGAUCCGUGGUGAACUCCCUCACAGGGAGCAGCAAUAUGGGGGAAACCCUGCCAACUGGACAGCUCUCAAAUAUACCCUGGAGAAGAGCAGGAGUCAAAUACACCAACAAUGAGGCCUAUUUUGAUGUAAUCGAAGAGGUGGAUGCAAUCAUAGACAAGUCGGGUUCCACUGUGUUUGCAGAGAUUCAGGGAGUCAUUGAUGCUUGUGUGAAGCUGACUGGGAUGCCUGAUCUUACGUUGUCAUUUAUGAAUCCUAGGCUUUUGGAUGAUGUCAGCUUCCACCCAUGUGUCCGAUUCAAGCGCUGGGAGGCUGAGCGAGUUCUGUCCUUCAUCCCCCCUGAUGGUAAUUUCCGGCUGAUGUCAUAUCGUGUGAGCUCACAAAACUUGGUUGCAAUUCCGGUAUACAUAAAACACAACAUAAGCUUUCAGGAGAACAGUUCAAGUGGAAGAUUUGAUAUUACUGUGGGUCCCAAGCAGAACAUGGGUAAAACUGUGGAAAGCAUUGUGCUGACUAUUCACAUGCCUAAAGCUAUCCUGAACAUGAACCUCACACCAACACAGGGUACUUACACAUUCGAUCCUGUUACCAAAGUGCUUACCUGGGACAUUGGCAAGAUAACUACACAGAAGCUACCUAAUCUCAAAGGAAAUGUUUCCCUCCAGUCUGGUGCCCCAAAACCAGAGGAAAACCCAAGUUUAAACAUCAACUUCAAGAUCCAGCAGUUUGCUAUCUCAGGACUAAAAGUAAAUCGAUUGGAUAUGUAUGGGGAGCGGUACAAGCCUUUCAAGGGAGUGAAAUAUCUUACCAAAGCAGGAAAAUAUCAAGUGCGCACAUAACACAUGUUGUGCUUCCAUCGAGGAGAAGCAGGCAAGGCAAAUUCUACCUAUGACCUAGAACUUUGAAAUAUUUGUCUUUUCCAAUUGUUUUUGCUUUGCCUAAAAAGCAGAAAUAUAAACACUUAUUAUACAGAGGUCCUAGGAGAUGUCAGCUGCUAAGAUACGAAAUAUAAAAAGGGAACAAUCUGGACUAUUCCAGAAAGGGACCACAGAAUUUUUCAUUAUGUGGAGUAGGAUAGCAUUAGGCCUCCUCUUCAUAAUGAAACAGUAACACAUGGAGGGGUCUCUAGAGUCUCCUCAAUGAUAAGUAAGUUAGGAAUAUAUCUGCCAUUGUUGUCAGUGUAUUUAUUUUACAAUACAAAUAGCAGCUGUUCAUAUCAAUGUUUUGAAAACCCCAAAAUACCCAGUAAAGCAAUUGUGUAUUCCAUACCUCCAGAGUAACCAGUUCUGUUCUACUGAGGCCAAGUAUACAUCGUAGCAAUCAGUUCAGACUGGAUCUCUAACACUUGUUCUUCCUCGUGUAUCACAAUACUAAAGUGCUUUAAUUGAACUAUUGAGAGACAGACAUUAAAGUAGUGACAAUUAUGUAUGGGGAUAUAUUAUUGUUGGUAAUGAAUAGUCUUUGUUAUUCCUGCCUCUCUUCCAAGUUAAAUGCCUUAAUCCUUUCGAUGACAGAAUACAUGUCAGUGAAAGGCGUUAUUUCACCAGUGCCAUCAGCAACAGCUGGUAUACAAUCAUAUUGGAAAAGGUUAUUUUUCCUUUUUUUUUUUUUUAUCUGUGUUAUCACAAUUGGUGCCAUUGUGUAUUUAAUGAGGGCUUAUUUAUCACUGCUUCAUGUUUAUGUGAAGAUGUAAGCCAAAGUGAGAAUCUCCUUGUAAUACAAUUUGGGUAUAAAAUGUACUCAUUUCUAAAUAAAGACAAAAUACAUAUAUAUUCAC